AUGCAUUUGAUUAAUCUAUGCUUAUCAUUAUACUUCAAGCAUAGUCUGCUGUCAUUAACGUAUCAAGUAAUUGCAUUUUCUGCGUGUUUAGUUCAUUUGGGAAGUGAAGGAGUACGGCUAGGACUUGGAUUUUAUGGAAAUUUGGCAGAAAAUAUGUCAGCUCUUUUUGGAUUCUUAAUAACUACAAUUAUUAUUCAAAUUCCUCUUACAGUAUUCUUGGCAGUGAAUGGCUCUUUUCUGAAUCUCCCACUUGAAUACGUUUUCUACACAAUGAUUACUGUAUUCGCUAUAGAAGCUUUGAUGAAAACUGCCGAACGAGAAGUUGCAAAAUAUAUUAACAAGAUUCAACAAGAAAAAGUAGCUGACGAGCUCGAGAAAACUUCAGGAAAAUCUCCAAAAAGUGGAAGAAAAACGUUGAAAAAACAAUUGUCAAGAUGA